UAACGUUGGAUCGUUCCGUUUGCUUCCUGUAUUCUUGGUGUUCCUCCUUGAAUGACUACCUUCGUUCCCGGUGCCAUUCGUCCAAGUUGGUAUUCUUGCUUCUUUUAGCCUCAAACUUUGCAAUCUGAGCUUGCGUGACUCUCGCCGAAUACAGCAUCAAAAUGUCAAUCGCCUUAAACAUGUCAAUCUCCUAAUGGACCUAAUCGAAGCCCACCAUGCCACUCACAUUAAAGAUCUAAAGGUACGUCUCACUCGUAACCAACGCCUGACCCUAUAUAUCGAAUUCGGUAUUCAAUGGGAAGAGACAGCCAAGCAAUGUAUCGAAGUGUACAAUGAGGAACUCUUACGACAUCAAUCCUCUAUGACUUACAAGGAAUACAUACAGGAAAACAACCACCAUGACACACGCACACAUCCCACAGACACUCAUACCACGUCCUUCGACGACCUUUUACGUGUUAACAACAUCGAUAAAGACGCCUUUUGCACUUCUGUACAUAACAUAAUGAACAAGAAAAUGGAGCGCGUCAAUACCCUAGGCCUGCAAAGUCCCACUACUACUGGCAAGUCUCUCAUGCUUAAGCUCAUUUGUCAAAACCACCAGCUUGGCACCGUACAACGCUCAGGUGAUCAUUCCCAAUUCUUUCUACAAAACCUUCUUGACAAGUCGGUUGGCCUCAUGGAAGAACCUAGAAUCACCAUACAAACAGUUCAAGAUUUCAAAGGAUUAUUUAGGGGUACACCAUUCGAUAUCCACGUUAAACCCUCCCCCGACGAACCCCUGAACUGCCAGAACCACGGACCACUUUCUGUGCGUGUCAUUUCUCUGCCUGGUAUGGUAGCUGGUGGGAAGAGAAUCGCUGUCGAUUCGACGUCAGAGGAUGACGCACCCGGAGAAACCGCACAAUCCACUGCCAAGCACAUCCGACUCCUUCGACCAUCCUAUAAUACUACUACGAUUACCAUUACAAGGAAGCAACACCUUACCAUCAAACAAUACAAACCAGCAGAUACCACCCUCACCUAUUCCAUUAUCUGUCUACCUAUCUCCAUCUUCGAAUUCUGGGCCCUCCAAUCCGAACAACAGUACGCGGAACCAUUUGCAACCUUACGAGCAGCAUUUCCUUUGUGCAGUUUUAACCACGCUACUCUCCGUCUAUCACAUUAUAUCCCGCUACAGAAGUCGCUUCAAGGUACUACGGCCACAGAUGUUACGGCGUUCAAUAGCGCUCCCUACAUGUACACAGCGCAAGACCACACCGGACUGCUCAAUACCGUUCCCACCGACGUUACCGAAGCGGCACACCUGAAUCAAGGCUACAAAGUCAACUUCAACACAUACUGUCAAUUUACCUACGACCAAGGUCUCCUUGCCUGCAACGACGUCCACACCCUAUCCGCUAAUGAAAUAUAUUUUAAACGCUUUGAUUUUGAUCACCACCCCCGUUUCCUCACCAGAACACCAUUACCGGUGCCCCGUGGAUACCGUUACAUGCCUGAUGAUUACUACGCCAAUACAUCACCCUAUCCCUUCCUCUCCUUCUACGUAGAAUCGAUUUUAUUAAACUCAGACAACCUUGUCUGA